GUCCCCAACACACUAUUUUAAAAGGGAGAUACAGGGCAGGCAGGAUUGAACUCUGUUGUUGUAGGCCUAAAGGCCAUUAGAAGGCCCAUGGGGUUGAAUAAGCAUGGGAAAAGCACUCUCCAUCAGCCAGGCAGAAGGGAGGUGCUUCUCUGGUAUCCCUUUAGCCACCAACAUAAAGGAUGGCAGUAUAGCUAGUGAGUCUCUGCACUCCCCUUUCUCAGCUGAGAUUCAUCUAUUACAGGUGGGAUAAACCCAGGAAGGCUUCCUGAAAGAGGAGAGGAGCCAAGGAGCUCCUUACUAUUUUUUUUUUUUAUUCUUUAUUGAGCAAGUCUACCAUGCUGGGAGGUAGGCAAAGCUAGUUUUUCUUCACAACAAUCCUGACCUGAGGGGUGAAGUUCCUUAGCUAGGGUCUCACAGCAAGGCAGUAUUUGAUCCCUUGUCUGAGUGAUUGCAAAGCCAGAUAGGUCCUGAGAGAUAAGGGGAAGGAAGAAGAGGGAGGAGCCCUCUGUGACAGUUGCCCCAGAUUAAGCAUAAACAGGAUGUGGUAUUGGAUGGAACCUUCCGCGUGCCCCACAGCCCGCCCCCCACAGCCCUGUUCCCCACCCCUACAAGACAGCGAAACUGAGAAAAGAAGAGGGCUGUGGACAGAAAAUAUCAUGUCUGACUCCCUGGUCGUGUGUGAGGUGGACCCAGAACUGAAGGAAAAGCUGAGGAAAUUCCGUUUCCGAAAAGAGACGGACAACGCAGCCAUUAUAAUGAAGGUGGACAAAGACCGGCAGAUGGUGGUACUGGAGGAAGAACUGCAGGUGGUCACUUGUUGUCUUCUCUCCUAUGUGUAUUUUUGGCCUCAGAACAUUUCGCCAGAGGAACUUAAAUUGGAGUUGCCAGAGAGACAGCCGAGGUUCGUGGUCUACAGCUACAAGCUGCAAGCCCGAACAGCAGAUGAUGUAUGCGGGGAGUAAAAACAGGCUUGUGCAGACGGCAGAGCUCACAAAGGUGUUUGAAAUCCGCACCACUGAUGACCUCACUGAGGCCUGGCUUCAAGAGAAGUUGUCUUUUUUUCGUUGAUCUAUGAAUCAGGGACUUGAAUUCCUGAUGUUUGAAUCCCCACCGGGACUGAAGAGUCGGACUCAAGAUGAGAACAUCCAAGACCAUAAAGAAAUUAAAAAUGCAAGAACUCA